GUAAUCACAAGAUAAAUGCAAUGUGCUGAUGUAUGGUAAUGUUCAAUAAUACAUUCUCCACCAGGCUCAAUUCAUCAGGGAGUUUCUGGAGGGGAGGCAUUUGUUAUUGGCUGUCUCCGGACCUCAAGGAUAACAUUCCUGUCCUUUCCAUUGGCCGCCCCGCUGCUGCAAGCCUCUUCCCGUCUUAUUUUGAUGAUGAACAUGAAGGCAUGCUAAGCUGUGCCGGAGAGCAGCUCUCGCCGACUGCGCUCCCACCCCGGGCUCGAGGGCUCCAGAGCUCCCCGGCUGCUUCCCCUGCCCACUGCCAGCAGCAGCAGCAGCAGCAGCAGCAGCAGCAGAGCAGGAGCAGCAGCAGCAGCAACGCCAAAAGUUGUGAUGCUUUUCUUCACCCAGUGCUUUGGGGCUGUGUUAGAUCUUAUUCACCUGCGGUUUCAGCACUACAAGGCAAAGAGGGUUUUCUCAGCUGCCGGGCAACUUGUCUGCGUCGUCAACCCAACACACAGCCUCAAGUAUGCACCGACCCGCUGUGCAGCCGUGCAGGCGUCCACGGAGCAAGGCAUCCUUCCUCCCUGCCAUCACCACGAAGCGGUGCACGACCCUCAGCUGGUCCCCUGCACGUGCCCGCUCUUCUCCUGCCCGUGGGAAGGGCAUCUGGAGGUGGUGGUGUCCCACCUGAGGCAGACCCACCGCAUCAGCAUCCUUCAGGGCGCGGAGAUUGUCUUCCUGGCCACGGACAUGCACCUGCCCGCGCCCACGGACUGGAUCAUCAUGCACUCUUGCCUUGGCCACCAGUUUCUGCUGGUCCUCAGGAAGCAGGAGAAGCACGAGGGCCACCCCCAGUUCUUUGCCACGAUGAUGCUGAUCGGCACGCCCACCCAGGCCAACAACUUCACCUACAGGCUGGAGCUCAACAGGAACCAGAGGCGCCUCAAGUGGGAGGCGACGCCCAGGUCGAUCCUGGAGUGCGUUGACUCUGUCAUUUCGGACGGGGAUUGCCUCGUGCUGAACACUUCCCUGGCUCAACUCUUUUCUGACAACGGAAGCCUAGCGAUAGGAAUCGCCAUAACCACCAGCAAAGUUCACAGCUCCGAAGCUGAAAUGUGAUGGGGAGGAGGAAGAGGAGGAGGAACCACAGCAACAACUAUGGUGCUCUAGCUGCCUUCUGAGAGCCAGAACUCGCGGACUUUUUAUGGGGGGGGGUCUUGGGUCUUUUAUGGUAUUUAGUACUUGUCCACAGUGGGCAUUAUGUAAACAUCCCGUGGUUACGGUCCCUGUGUCAUGUAUUUACCGUUUUGCUAAUACAAUUUUAUGAGAAAUUUUAAAGAGGCUAAUCAAUUUAUUGUCGCCCUCCAGCAGCCCUGGAAACAACACUUGUUAGUGACAAGUGCACCCAGGGAGACUGGCAGAAACCUUUGGUCUGACCAUGUUAUGCAAAUAUGUUUCCUUCAUUGCCUGCCUAAGGGACCAAAGGCACCUGUGCCUGAUGAAAGGUCAAGUAUUCCACUAGGGGACAAGAGCACCCAGGUUUCCAUAUCAGCUAUAGUGAUUUAGCUCCUGUAUUUUGGGCACAGCCAAGCCCUGGGGGAGCUGGCAGUUUCAGAGCUCCCUUCAGCUUCUGAGGAAACAACUUUCUCACUCAAACAGUGAAAACUUAGAAGAAAAAGUCACCUCCUCUGCUGAGCAGAGGGCUUGGAAGCCUCAUCUUGCAUUAAA